AUGAAUGAACCGAUUGCGAUUGUGGGGACAGGUUGUCGGUUUCCCGGUGCCUCCACUUCACCAUCGAAGCUCUGGCAGUUGUUGUGUCAGCCACGAGACUUGUCCCAGGAGGUGCCCGCGGAUCGAUUUCAAAUUGAUGCGGUCUACCAUCCGGACGUGGACCACCAUGGGACCACGAAUGUACGAUGUGGGUAUUUCCUCGAGGAGGAUAUCCAACACUUUGACGCCGCCUUGUUCAAUGUUUCUCCCGCCGAAGCCCGGGCCAUGGAUCCUCAGCAGCGGCUUUUACUGGAGACCGUCUACGAGGCCCUCGAACAAGGCGGCUUUCGUCUCGAUGCCUUGCGGGGCUCGGCCACCGGCGUGUUCUGUGGAUAUCUGCACAAUGACUACGGACAGCUUCAAUCCGCUGAUGUGGGCGCCUAUCCUCCAUACGCCUUGGUUGGCAAUUCGCCCUCAAUGCUGGCGAACCGCGUAUCCUACUAUUUCGACUGGACCGGGCCGUCGCUAUCAGUGAACACUGGGUGCUCGUCGAGCCUCUUGGCCGUACACCAGGCAGUCGAGUCCUUGCGUCGCGGCGAAUGCUCGACAGCUGUCGUCGCGGCCAGCAAUCUGCUCCUCACGCCGGAUAUUUUCAUCACCGCCGCCAAAACGGGUAUGUUGUCCCCAUCAGGGCAAUGUCGCAUGUGGGACGUCAAGGCCGAUGGAUACGGGCGCGGAGAGGGGGUCGCUGCCGUGGUGCUUAAGAGACUCAGCGACGCUGUCGCAGACGGGGAUCAGAUCGAGAGCUUGAUUCGUGCCACGGGAACUAACGCGGACGGACGGACUUUGGGCAUCCUGAUGCCCAAUGGCAAGGCCCAGCAGCGGCUGAUUGAACGCACCUAUACCAGUAUUGGGCUCGAUGCGCGCUCUCCCCGCGACCGAUGUCAGUACUUUGAGGCUCAUGGCACUGGCACGAAGGCGGGUGAUCCACAGGAGGCUACGGCUAUCUACAAUGCAUUCUUCGACGGGGCCAAGGAUGCGGACUUUCUCUAUGUUGGGUCUAUCAAAACCGUUAUCGGGCAUACCGAGGCCACAGCUGGGUUGGCGGGUCUGAUCAAGGCGUCUUUAAGCGUUCAAUACGGCACCAUUACUCCCAACCGCCUCCUGCAGGAGAUCAACCCCAAGAUCAAACCUCUAACCUCACACCUUCGAGUGCCAGACAGCUGCAUUUCUUGGCCGGAUCGUCCAGCGGGCGUGCCUCGACGUGCCUCGGUCAACUCGUUCGGCUUUGGAGGGACGAACGUCCAUGUAAUCCUCGACAGCUAUGAUCCGCCCUCGUCCGGGCCUGAUCAUGACCAGCCGCGCGCCGGAGCCCUAUUUAGGCUGCCACUUUGCUUAUCCGCGGCAUCGGACCGGGCCAUUGGCACUCUUGUCGAGCGCUUUGCUCAGUUCCUUCGCCAGAACCCGGAGAUCGACUUGGAAGAUCUAGCAGACACCCUAUUGACCCGUCGAUCUGCUUUAAGCCACCGGGUAGUUUUGGUGGCUGAUGGAAGGAAAGAACUAUUGCGAGAGGUCGAUCAGAUUGCAUCCCUGCUGAAGGCAGGGUCGAUCAAUGCACCCGUGAUCCGGGCCAGGGACUUGAACCGCGCCCCUCGGAUCUUAGGCGUGUUCACCGGUCAGGGGGUACAGUGGGCGCAGAUGGGAGUCGAUCUGUUGAAGGCCUGUCCAGCUGCCCAGGGCUGGAUGAAGGAGUUCCAAGAUUCGCUCGAUGGGCUGCCCGAGCCCUAUCGGCCGCACUUCAGCCUCCAUGACGAGCUAUCGGCGCCCUCCUCUUCAUCGCGCCUACGGGAGCCACUGAUUGCUCAGUCUUUAUUGACGGCAGUUCAGAUCAUUCAAACGAAUCUCCUGCGCUCCCUGGGGGUAUGUUUUGACUUGGUCGUAGGCCACUCGUCCGGCGAGAUCGCCGCAGCCUAUGCCGCCGGCAUGCUAAGCGCGCAAGACGCCAUGCGAGUGGCGUACCUGCGCGGGUUUGCCAGUCAGAACGGGGGUAAUGGGCCAGCGGGAGCGAUGAUGGCCGUGGAUGUGACGUGGUCGCAAGCCGCAGCAAUAUGCCAUCAGCCACCAUACCACGGAAAGGUGACUGUCGGCGCCUAUAACUCGCCGUCCAGCGUCACCUUGUCUGGAGAUGUUGACGUGCUGUGGGAACUGCACUGGCUCUUACAGAGUCUCGAGAAAAGUCCCGUGAUGCUGCCGGUAGACAUUGCUUAUCACUCGGCACACAUGGCACCCUGCGCCGAACUCUACCAACAGGCCCUCCACGCCUGUUCCAUCGAAAUCCACCCACCGAGCAAGGCCCGCUGGGUGUCCAGUGUGUAUCUGGACCGCGAGGUCCAGCGAGAGGAUCUCGUCGACAGCGCAUACUGGACGGAGAACAUGCUCCGGCCUGUCCACUUUGCGCAGGCCAUCCGGACGGCCGUGACCCAUACCUCCUCUGCAUUGGACGCCGUUAUCGAGAUCGGCGCCCAUUCGACUCUGCGCAACCCUGUGCUGCGGACAAUCUCUAGCCAACGUGGGUCGGUCUCCGCUCCGGCCUAUAUCGCCAUGGGCCGUCGCCAGACCAGCAGUAUUCAGACCCUUGCCCAUGCUAUUGGCAACCUCUGGGCUCACCUCGGCCCGAGUGCUUUGAUGCUGGCGCCUUGCCGUGCUCUGUUCUAUGACAAUCCCCACAGCUCUCGUCGUGCUCUCUUACGGGACUUGCCGGUCUAUCCUUUCGAUCAUCUGGAGCAGUACUGGACCGAACCUCGCUGGUCUCAUGGAAAGGCGCACGGGCACGUGCGACCCAAUGCCCUACUCGGCAUCUCGUGCGUGCAAGCCGGUGGAACUGACCGGCUGUGGCGUACAUAUAUCCGCCGCGAGGAGCUCUCCUGGCUCUCCACAGGGCCUGUUAGCCCGGCCCUGUACGUGUCGAUGGCUGUCGAGGCCGCAGUCCAGCUGGUGGGUAAGCAGAAUCUCCGUUUCGUCCGCAUAUCCAACCUCGAGAUAAAUGGGCAGAUCCCGGCCCCCGACCCAGGCCCCGGAGUGGAACUACUUUUCCAACUUAGUACGGUGCAUGCGGCCGUUGAUACCGCGCGCGAGAUCACCGCUGCCUUUACCUGUCUUGCCGCGGUGGAUGAGAAAGGUCUUCAACGUAUUGUUUACGGGAACCUGGUGAUUACGCUCGGUCCGCUAGAAUCCUCUCUGCUUCCGCUCCGAAUGGAGCCCGAAUUGGGUUCGACGGUCAAGUCGGCCGUCCUGGCGAAAGCCAACACUGGGAACGAACCAGGCGGCGGUAUCUAUCUUCACCCCGCCACUCUCCAUGCAGCUCUUCAUUUACUCGUGCAAGGAACACAGGAGACAGGGUGUGAGGGGGCACCGCCAGCCCUGCGUAGUAUUGAGCACAUCGCCAUCAACCCGUGCAGCUUCGGAAUUUCUGAGAUCAGAGCCGAUGCGGUCGUAGAAAGAGAGGAGGAGCACGUAAUCUGGGGUGCGGUCGAUUUGUUCGAUGUAGCGGGCCACGGCUUCGUGCAGCUCGAGGGCAUAAGGAUAUCUCGCGCGGCGAAUCCUACGGGCUCUUCUCCUAUCUUCCAUGAAACCACCUGGCAACCGCUGCACCCGGAUGCGACGAGUGGUUCCUCCCUCUGCUCGCGCUUCCUUGAGGAGUCUGUGCUUCGCUGUGACCGUCUGGCCCUGAUGUACCUUCGACAGGCCAUAGAGCAGUCCACGGCAGAAAAGUGGCGGGCGAUCGGCGCUCAACUAGGGACUUGCGUUACUUGGAUGGAUCAGCUGUUCAGUGAAGACAUAAUAUACCCGGAGUGGCUUGCGGAUACCCCUGCUUCCUUGCGCGCUCAGCUUCGUGAGGCGCCUUGGGACGAUGAUAUGAUCCGAACAGAUCGGGCUGGGCAACAACUAUCCCAAUUUCUCUCCUUGACCCUGGACUCGAUUAUCCCAUCUCCGGAUCCCAUCUCCCAGCUGCAGCUGCUUGAACUUGGUCCGGCGGGUGAGCCUGCGCCGGCAAGUAUUUUGUCGGAUGGUAUUUCCAGCCUGUCAUGCCGCGGCCACUGUUGCCUCUCUGUAUCUGAUCCUGUGGAGGAUUUGGAGAUCGAGAUGGCGUCCCAGGGGAUCAGAGAUUCGGCAUACGACGUGGUGCUUGUGAACGAGACACUCGAUCGCGCGGCGGAGAUCGUACCGGCCCUGCAUGCGAUCCGACAGCGGUUGCGGGUUGGAGGAUACCUAGUCGUCAUUGCAGCCACGGAUCCCAAGCGAGUGCAUCUUGCAUUCCGGCCGGGCGUGCACAUACGAACCCGCGUGGCGUUAUCAGGAUAUUCCAUCAUGGUCUCACAGGCAGUGGACGAAAACCUGCGGCUGUUACGAGACCCUUUGGCAAGAACAAGCCUGCCGUUGGGGGGAUCGUUGGUGGUUGUGAGCCCCGGGCCCACAAUUCCAGCUGUCAGCCCCUUGUUGUCCCCCAUCUUUGGGGCGAUCCGCGAGGUUUUUCUGCAGUCGGAUCCUGAUCGGGACGUUUUGGGCCUCGCCUCGGCGGUUCUGGUCAUGGAAGGUUCUACUCCAUGGACCACUAGACAGCAGGCAGUGACUGAACAAUUACUCGCUCUAAGCAACGGGCCCGUGCUAUGGGUUACGGAGGACGAUGGCCAUCUUGAUCAGUGCGGAAUUCACGAUCUGCUCGCUACCAACCUCGCCCGCAUUCGACUCGUCCAUCUCCCCAAUGCUCGUACCGCUGCCCCCGAUGCCUUGGCGACACUCCUACUGCAGUGGAUAUACAGUCAGCGAGGGCUGUCCGGCUACUCGGUGCUGGCAGGUACCUCUGAGAAUGAUAUCCGGCUACGUGGGGGCGUUCUAGAAAUACCCCGGCAAGUCCCACAUGCGGCUCUGAAUCGCCGCCUCCACCCCUAUCAGGAUAUGGUCCCAGCGGGGCAGGCACAGAUACAGUACCAAGCAUCGUCAGGCGACGCCACCGGCUUUUCCCUUGUUGCCGGUCAUGUAUUUGCUGACGGCGUCAUGAACCCGGGAGAUAUCCGUCUAUCUGUGCGGUUCUCCACCAUCGGCGCCAUUCCCGUUGCUGGGUGUUUCCUCCAUCUUGUCCUCGGCUGGGACCAGCAGUCUCAGAGUCGGAUGCUAGCUCUGACUAAUGUCCAUUGCGGCACAAUUUCCUCUCCGCCGGACUGGUGUUGCGAGGUUCCCAAAGGACUCUCCGCUGUUCAGGAACCGACAUAUCUCGCUGACGUAGCCGCCGGACUGAACGCGCUGCGAAAACUCCGACAACAGCUCCUUUCUUGCCACAUCACAGGGUUAGGAAGCCUCAACCCAGCCCAUAAGGCCUUCAUGUCCCUCGUCUCCAACGCUCUAUCCCAGGAUCAAGACACCCCUGUGAGCAUCGUGUCGCAUUGCAUCCCUGUCAGCAAAACAUCAGGCCUUUCGUAUCGUCGCGGCCUGGGCAAAGGGUUGGAUACGGUAGUUGGGCUUAUGCAGUCACCUUGUUCAUCCUCUUCCAAAACCCAGACGCCGGUGAUUUCUCUCCAGGAUCUCCGCCAGCAUUGCCAGGACAUCUCAGCCACCUCUGGUGUGGUGCUCGACUGGACGGCCCAAUCCCUCGUUCCUGCAUGGGUGCGCCUCGCCCACCAAACCAUCACGUUCUCUCCGCACCGAUCAUACCUCCUGCAUUUGUCGACACCACUUGCUCAAUCAGUGUGUGAGUGGAUGUUAUCUCGUGGUGCACAGCAUGUGAUCCUGAUCGAUACGGAUGUUGAAGCAGCGUGGAAGACGGAGAUGGGCUCACGGAUCAGGCUUGUCGAUCUCUCUAUCCGCGAUCUCGCGCAACUGACCGAAAGCGCCGCACGAGACGGUCCAGCCGUCGCAGGUGUAAUCCUGGGAAGUAUCGAGUCCAGCAUCAGCCUCCGCCUCCUAAGCGCGAUUGAUUUCAGUCCAGCGCUUGAUUUCUUCGUCGCCCUCGACGAGCUCAGCCCACCAUCCACGACGCCAUUCUGGUCCUCCUCCACCUUGUCAACCUACCGUACCGCCUUGAUCCACCGCCAACGAAUUCGCGGCAUCGCAGCCAGUAUCCUCCAUCACAACACAGCCCUGUCGCCGCAAUCCUCUCCAACGUCUCCAACAUGCCUCGUUCCACCCGAAACCCAUGAGGCUCUGGCACAAGCGAUUCUCGGAGCCAGUCAGGGCAACUGGCAAGUAACCGCGCUAUUGAGCCAAGCGAGCAAUUGCUCUGUGACCACUGACGAAUUCGCUCGCCACCCUAAGAUGUGGCACUUAGCGCCCGAUCUUGACGCGCCAGCGACCCGUGACCCGACUACGGCGCCGCUCUCCGAUCGACAACGCAUUCAGCGGGCCCUGAAGCAGGCGGACAAUUUUCAAGAGGGCACCGAGCUCAUGGCCCAGGCUAUCACACGCCAACUCUGCCACCAGCUACAGCUCCCGCGCGACGCUGCGCCCCCAGAUGACACCCCACUCGGUGAUCUGGGUUGGGACUCGAUGAUGGCGAUGCAGUUGCGGGUCUGGAUGGGCCGCCAUCUGGCAGUAGAUUUACCGGUGGUGCAGAUGAUGGGUGGUUCGUGUAUUCGAGAUAUUGCGAGGGAGGCUGCGGAGAAUUUGAAAGCGAAGGAAGGGGGAAUUUGA